ACUGAAAUCAGAAACCAUGGAGGCAGAUAUCACAGAUCUUCAAUGCAAGCUCAAAGAGUGUGAAAACGAAAGAUUGAAAGCUGCACAGUAUGGCUUACAGCUAUUGGAGAGGCAAACAGAGUUGCAGAAUCAAUUGGAUAAAUGUCAUGAAGAAAUGAUGACCAUGACUGAGAAUUAUAACCAAGAGAAGUAUGCCCUGCAAAGAGAAGUUGAGCUUAAGAGUCGGAUGUUAGAAAGUUUGAGCUGUGAAUGUGAAACUGUGAAACAACAACAGAAAAUUCAGCUGGAGCAGUUAGAGAUGCAGCUAAGCAGAAGCCACAGGCUGGAAGUGAAUGACCUGACAAAUAAGUUAGAAAAACUCAAAGUGGAAUUAGAUGAAAAGAGGGUAAGUGAAAAGCAGCUGAAGCAGAAGCUGGAUCAUGCUCAAUAGCGUGUCUUCGGAGGUGCUGGCCCUACAGAUUGAGCUAACUGAAAUGGAAGGUGUGAAGACUGCUCUCAAAGAAGAGGUGAAUGAACUGCAGUACAAACAAGAGCAACUAGAAUGCUUCAAUACUUCCUUAAUGCACCAGGUAGACCGGCUUAAAGAAGAAAAAGAAGAGCGAGAGAAGGAAGCAGUGUCGUAUUAUAACGCCUUAGAGAAAGCUCGAAUAGAAAAUCAAGACCUUCAGGUGCAGUUGGACAACGCACUUCAGCAAGCCUCGGAUCCCAGCAGUAAAGGAAACUCUCUGUUUGCAGAGGUAGAGGAUCGAAGGGUAGCUAUGGAAUGCCAGCUCAACUUGAUGAAAGUCAAAUAUCAGUCACUGAAGAAGCAAAAUGUGUUCACCAGAGAUCAGAUGAACAAGAUGAAGUUACAAAUCUCCACAUUGCUGAGGAUGAGGGGAUCUCAAACUGAUUUUGAGCAGCAAGAACGGUUGUUUGCCAUGUUGGAACAGAAGAAUGGUGAAAUAAAACACCUUUUAGGUGAAAUUAAAAAUCUGGAGAAAUUUAAGUACUUAUAUGAAAGUACGGAAUCUAAGCCUUCCACAUCAGCCAGCCUUUGUACUCUAGAAGACAACACCUAUUAUGCAGAUUUACUUCAACUAAAACUAGAUAAGUUAAACAAAGAAAACGAAGACACAAAAGGCGAACUAUCCAUACAGAGAAUGAAGGCAUUAUUUGAGAGCCAGCGGGCCCUGGAUAUUGAACGUAAACUGUUUGCAAAUGAAAGACACCUCCAGCUUUCAGAAAGUGAAAAUAUCAAACUGAGAGCUAAGCUAGAUGAAUUAAAGCUGGAGUAUGAACCUGAAGAUGUCAGAAAAGGACAAAACAGCCUGCCUGUCUUUAGACUCGAGAGAAUGGAAGUACCAGUACUCAAAAAGAGACGUGAGGUGCUGCCAUUGGAGAUAGCCACCCCAGGAGAAACAGCUGCUAUUGAUGCUACUAGGGAAGAAGUUUCUAGAUUGCCACUUCAGACAGAGGAGAAAGAAUCCUGCCUUAAUAGUUUAAAUGUUAAUGCUGGACAGUGGCAACAGCCAGCUUCUUCAACCAUUCAUCUAGCCAGCCUCUCUCCUUGCAAGAGCCCACCUCUAGAUACACAGCCUAAGAAGAAAUGUGUAAAGCUUGUGGAUAGUCCAGUCAGUGCUGAUGCCUUACGUGAACAAAGUGGAAACACCCCCAGAUCUCCCAGGUUAACUGCAGAAUCAAGGCUUCAAACAGAAGUGAAGGAAAGCAAAGAAACUACAAGCAAAUUGGAAAAAGGAGCUUGUAAGAAAUCACACCCAAUCAUGUAUGUGUCAUCAAAGUCAACACCGGAGACACAGUGCCCACAGCAGUAGUGAGGCUUACUGAAGACCUCCCAUGUGUGUAGGACACCCGUGUGGAGCAUUUGCAUAAGCCAGUGCUAAGACCUGGUGUGCUUAUACUUCUCCGACCAAAAAUUCAGAUGUGGCUGUGAUUCUGACCCAGAGGUUCUAUAAGUGGUGGCCCUUUACAAACUAUGAAUCAUAGUGAACAAACCAUUCUUAGAGGAAAUGUUAUAAUUUAAGUGUAUUUGCUGCACUGGGUCUGGAUUUUGAAAGUUAUGUGAUAAAUAAUGUACCUUAAGAACUAAAAAUUGGACUCUAGAACACUGAACUUGUUAGUCAUAUUUUCCUGUGUACAUUUCUAUGAAUAAAUAAAAUUUCAUUUUCCCUGUCUUGUAAAAAUAGUGAAUAUUGCUUAAAAAUAUAUAUUAUUACAAAAUGUUCUAAAGGCUUAAAGCACCUGUAUUAAUUCAUAUAUAAUUUAGAUUUUCAUGGCUCAUACUAAAUUUUGAAAUUUAAAAUAAAAUUGCAGUAAUUUCUCCCA